GAGUUUCACUCACUUUUCCAGGGUUACAUUAUAACCCAGGGCAGCUAUAAUCUCUCUGUGGUUGGGUUUGAUCUACUGCCAGCGAGUCCAUUGAAGCUCGAUGGAGAAUGGAUAUACCGGGAUAGAUGGUUCACUACAAAGGAAACAUUAGGACAUGUGAGAGACAG